UCUCUCUCUUUCUAUAUAUAUAAAUGUCUAUGAUUUAAGAGCAAGAAAGCAAAAAGAGAAGGAAGGUUCAUGAUUGAUUGAUUUUGUUUCUUCCUCAACAAGGAUAAUAGCCUUUAAAAAACACAACCCAUGGCUGUUUCUCCAUGUUUGAGCGGUAAUGAUCAGAAGAAACACUGGUGGCUCACCAAAAGAAAGCUUGUAGAUAAGUACAUUAAAGAUGCAAAGCGCCUCGUUGCGACGCAAGGAGAAGACGAGAUUGCUUCAGCUCUCAAUCUUCUUGACGCCGCUUUGGCACUUUCGCCUAGUUUCGAGAUUGCUCUUGAACUCAAAGCCAGAUCGUUGUUGUAUCUUAGGCAUUUUAGGGAUGUUGUUGAUAUGCUUCAGGAUUAUAUUCCGAGUCUGAAAAUGUCAAUCGACGACUCUGUCUCGGUUUCCUCUGAUAACUCGUCUCAACAUCUCUCGAGGGAGGGAGUCAUGCUUCUUCCUUCGAGUCCCGACCCAUCUUUUAAAUGCUUCUCUGUUUCGAUUUUAAAGAAGAAACUCAUGGUCGGGUGGUGGAAGAACAACAAGAAAGAAGGGAAAUAGAGGUAUUUGGUGAUGCUAGGCCAAGCAUGUUACCAUAUAGGAUUCAUGGAGGAUGCCAUGGUUCUCCUCCAAACGGGGAGGCGCCUGGCUUCCGCCGCAUUCUGCUGUGAAAGCAUUUGUUGGUCUGACGAUAGCUUCUCCCUCCAAUCCGCUAUGAAACCAUCAUCAGACAUAUCUGCCGCCGCCACAACGCCUCCACAGAACCCCACUUCUCCCUCCGAAUUAGAAAACAUUUCCCAGCUUCUCUCCCACAUCAAGCUCCUCAUCCGCCGUAGAACCGCCGCCAUGGCCACCUUGGAUGCCGGCCUAUACUCCGAAACCAUCCGCCAUUUCUCGAAAAUCAUAGACGGUCACCGCCGUGCCCCUCAAGGCUUCCUUGUCGAGUGUUACAUGCAUCGAGAAUACACUUACAAGGCCUCGGGUCGCAUAACUGAGUCCAUCUCUGAUUGUAACAAAACCCUCGCUCUUGACCCGACAUGCAUCGAAGCGCUCGACACCAGAGCCUCCCUUUUGGAAACCAUCCGUUGUUUACCGGACUGUUUACACAACUUUGAACACUUAAAACUGUUGAAAUUCCAAAGUCCAAAUUGGCUGCACAUUUCCAUCGAAAGUGCAAAUAAUUAA